CUGGCCUUGACCUCAGGUCGCGAGUCCUGCGGGAGGCUGCUGCGGGCAGGGUCGUGCAUACUUGGCAGCUGGGCCGGGAGGGGCCGAGCCUGGAGACCUACCCUGGGGCACGGGCGGAGCCACAGUCAGCCGGGCGGAGCAGCUCCCCGCUCCCCUUCCCAGGCCCGGCGGACUUUUGUCCCAGCCGGCCGCGCGCUCUGAUGUGCCUGACGCCAGGUGAGCGCUCCGCGGGGACGCCGUCUCCUGUACUCCUGUGACUGCGCCGCCGCCGUCACUGUUACUCGGGUCAGGCUCCCACUCGCCCGCGGGUCCUGGGUCCCCGGGCCUGGUGAAGUUCGUCCCGGAGGCGGCCACGUGCUCCCUGCAGAGAAUCUCGAUGCUGGCCUGGAGCAGAGACUGAGCCGGACCACUGGAGCCUUGGGUGCCGGGGGGGGCAAUGGCACUGCAGCUCUGGGCCCUGACCCUGCUGGGCCUGCUGGGCGCGGGUGCCAGCCUGCGGCCCCGCAAACCAGACUUCUUCCGCAGCGAGAAAGAGCUGAACCACCUGGCUGUGGAUGAGGCCUCGGGCGUGGUGUACGUGGGGGCAGUGAACACCCUCUACCAGCUGGAUGCCAGGCUGCAGCUGGAGCAGCAGGUGUCCACAGGCCCGGCCCUGGACAACAAGAAGUGCACACCGCCCAUCGAGUCCAGCCAGUGCCACGAAGCAGAGAUGACCGACAACGUCAACCAGCUGCUGCUGCUCGACCCUCCCCGGAAGCGCCUGGUGGAGUGUGGCAGCCUCUUCAAGGGCAUCUGCGCCCUGCGCAGCCUGAGCAACAUCUCCGAGCGCCUGUUCUACGAAGACAGCAGUGGCGAGAAGUCUUUCGUGGCCAGCAAUGAUGAGGGCGUGGCCACGGUGGGGCUUGUGAGCUCCACCGGCCCCGGCGGUGACCGUGUGCUGUUUGUGGGCAAAGGCAACGGGCCACAUGACAACGGCAUAAUCGUGAGCACCCGGCUGCUGGACCGGACUGACAGCAGGGAGGCGUUCGAAGCCUACACGGACCACGCCACCUACAAGGCUGGCUACCUGUCCACCAACACGCAGCAGUUUGUGGCCGCCUUCGAGGACGGCCCCUACGUUUUCUUUGUGUUCAACCAGCAGGACAAGCACCCGGCCCGGAACCGCACGCUGCUGGCCCGCAUGUGCAGACAGGACCCCAACUACUACUCCUACCUGGAGAUGGACCUGCAGUGCCAGGACCCCGACCCCAAGGCCGCCACCUUUGGCACCUGCCUGGCCGCCUCCGUGGCCGCGCCUGGCUCUGGCAGGGUGCUGUAUGCCGUCUUCAGCAGGGAUGCCCGGAGCCCUGGGGGCCCCGGUGCGGGCCUCUGCCUGUUCCCGCUGGAUGAGGUACACGACAAGAUGGAGGCCAACCGAAACACCUGCUACACGAGCACCCGGGAUGUAGCCAGGGACAUCUUCUACAAGCCCUUCCACGGCGAGAUCGAGUGCGGCGGCCACUCACCGGGCUCCAGUCAGAACUUCCUGUGUGGCUCGGAACACCUGCCCUACCCUCUGGGCAGCCGCGACGGGCUCACAGCCACAGCCGUGCUGCAGCGUGGGGGCCUGAACCUGACGGCCGUGACGGUCACCACGGAGAACAACCACACUGUUGCUUUUCUGGGUACCUCUGACGGCCGGAUCCUCAAGGUGUACCUCGCCUCAAACGGCACCUCCUCCGAGUACGACUCUGUCCUUGUGGAGAUCAACAAGAGAGUCAAGAAUGACCUGGUGCUGUCUGGAGACCUGGCCGUCCUGUACGCCAUGACCCAGGACAAGGUAUUCCGGUUCCCGGUGCAGGAGUGCCUGAGCUACCUGACCUGCACCCAGUGCCGCGACUCGCAGGACCCGUACUGCGGCUGGUGUGUCGUCGAGGGCAGAUGCACCCGGAAGGCUGAGUGCCCACGGGCCGAGGAGGCCAGCCACUGGCUGUGGAGCCGGAGCAAGUCCUGUGUUGCCAUCACCAGUGCCCAGCCACAGAACAUGAGCCGGCGGGCCCAGGGGGAGGUGCAGCUGACUGUCAGCCCCCUUCCUGCCCUGAGUGAGGAGGAUGAGUUGCUGUGCCUCUUUGGGGACUCGUCACCGCACCCCGCCCGCGUGGAGGGCAACACCGUCAUCUGCAACUCCCCAAAUAGCAUCCCCGUCACGCCGCCAGGCCAGGACCAUGUGGCUGUGACCAUCCAGCUCCUCCUCAGACAAGGCAACAUCUUUCUCACGUCCUACCAGUACCCCUUCUACGACUGCCGCAAAGCCAUGAGCCUGGAAGAGAACCUGCCGUGCAUCUCCUGUGUGAGCAACCGCUGGACCUGCCAGUGGGACCUGCGCUACCACGAGUGCCGGGAGGCAUCACCCAAUCCCGAGGAUGGCAUCAUCCGCGCCCACAUGGAGGACAGCUGCCCCCAGUUCCUGGACCCCAGCCCCCUGGUGAUCCCCGUGAACCAUGAGACAGACGUGACCUUCCAGGGCAAGAACCUGGACACUGUGAAGGGCUCCUCCCUGCAUGUGGGCAGUGACCUACUCAAGUUCGAGGAGCCAGUGAGGAUGCAGGAAUCGGGGACCUUCAUCUUUCGGACCCCAAAGCUGUCCCACGAUGCCAAUGAGACGCUGCCCCUGCAUCUGUAUGUCAAGUCCUACAGCAAGAAUAUCGACAGCAAGCUUCACGUGACUCUCUACAACUGCUCCUUUGGCCGAAGCGACUGCAGCCUGUGCCGGGCCGCUCACCCCACCUACAAGUGUGCGUGGUGUGGGGGUCAGAGCAGGUGCGUGUACGAGGCCCUCUGCAACGCCACCUCCGAGUGCCCACCACCCGUCAUCACCAGGAUCCACCCUGAGACGGGCCCCCUGGGCGGGGGCAUCCGUGUCACCAUCCUGGGGUCCAAUUUGGGUGUCCGAGCAGAGGACAUCCAGAGGAUCUCUGUGGCUGGCCGGAACUGCACCUUUCAGCCAGAAGGUUACUCCGUGUCCACCCGGAUUGUGUGUGUGAUCGAGGCUGCAGAGGUGCCCUUAACUGGGGGUGUCGAGGUGGAUGUCCUCGGGAAACUCGGUCGUUCACCUCCCGACGUCCAGUUCACCUUCCAACAGCCCCAGCCUCUCAGUGUGGAGCCGCAGGAGGGACCGCAGGCGGGUGGCACCAUGCUGACUAUCCACGGCACCCACCUGGACACAGGCUCCCAGGAGGACGUUCGGGUGACCCUCAGCGGCAUCCCGUGUAAAGUGACGAAGUUUGGGGCGCAGCUCCAGUGUGUCACCGGCCCCCAGGCGACACGGGGCCAGAUGCCCCUGGAGGUCUCCUACGGGGGCUCCCCUGUGCCCAGCCCCGGCAUCAUCUUCACCUACCGUGAAAACCCAGUACUGCGAGCCUUUGAGCCACUGCGAAGCUUUGCCAGUGGUGGCCGAAGCAUCAACGUCACGGGUCAGGGCUUCAGCCUGAUCCAGAGGUUCGCCAUGGUGGUCAUCGCAGAGCCCCUGCAGUCCUGGCAGCCUCCACGGGAGGCCGAAUCCCUGCAGCCCAUGACGGUGGUGGGCACGGACUACGUGCUCCACAAUGACACCAAGGUGGUCUUCCUGUCUCCGGCUGUCCCCGAGGAGCCCGAGGCCUACAACCUCACGGCGCUGAUAGAGAUGGACGGGCACCGUGCACUGCUCAGGACAGAGGCUGGGGCCUUUGAGUAUGUGCCUGACCCCACCUUUGAGAACUUCACAGGUGGCGUCAAGAAGCAGGUCAACAAGCUUAUCCAUGCCCGGGGCACCAACCUGAACAAGGCAAUGACGCUGCAGGAAGCCGAGGCGUUUGUGGGUGCCGAGCGCUGCACCAUGAAGACGCUGACGGAGACCGACCUGUACUGCGAGCCCCCGGAGGUGCAGCCCCCGCCCAAGCGGCGGCAGAAGCGAGACACCACCCACAACCUGCCUGAGUUCAUUGUGAAGUUCGGCUCUCGAGAGUGGGUGCUGGGCCGUGUGGAGUACGACACGCGUGUGAGUGAUGUGCCGCUCAGCCUCAUCCUGCCGCUGGUCAUCGUGCCCAUGGUGGUCGUCAUUGCCGUGUCUGUCUACUGUUACUGGAGGAAGAGCCAGCAGGCUGAGCGUGAGUACGAGAAGAUCAAGUCCCAGCUGGAGGGCCUGGAGGAGAGCGUGCGGGAUCGCUGCAAGAAGGAAUUCACAGACCUGAUGAUCGAGAUGGAGGACCAGACCAAUGACGUGCACGAGGCCGGGAUCCCCGUGCUGGACUACAAGACCUACACCGACCGAGUCUUCUUCCUGCCCUCCAAGGACGGCGACAAGGAUGUGAUGAUCACCGGCAAGCUGGACAUCCCCGAGCCGAGGCGGCAGGUGGUAGAGCAGGCCCUCUACCAGUUCUCCAACCUGCUGAACAGCAAAUCCUUCCUCAUCAACUUCAUCCACACCCUGGAAAACCAGCGGGAGUUCUCGGCCCGAGCCAAGGUCUACUUCGCGUCCCUGCUGACGGUGGCACUGCAUGGGAAGCUGGAGUACUACACGGAUAUCAUGCGCACGCUCUUCCUGGAGCUCCUGGAGCAGUAUGUGGUUGCCAAGAACCCCAAGCUGAUGCUGCGCAGGUCUGAGACGGUGGUGGAGAGGAUGUUGUCUAACUGGAUGUCCAUCUGCCUGUACCAGCACCUCAAGGACAGUGCCGGCGAGCCCCUGUACAAGCUCUUCAAGGCCAUCAAACAUCAGGUGGAAAAGGGCCCCGUGGACGCGGUGCAGAAGAAGGCCAAGUAUACCCUCAAUGACACGGGGCUGCUGGGGGACGACGUGGAGUACACACCUCUGACGGUGAGUGUGAUCGUGCAGGACGAGGGAGCCGACGCCAUCCAGGUCAAGGUCCUCAACUGUGACACCAUCUCCCAGGUCAAGGAGAAGAUCAUUGACCAGGUGUACCGUGGGCAGCCUUGCUCCUGCUGGCCCAGGCCAGACAGCGUGGUCCUCGAGUGGCGUCCAGGCUCCACAGCCCAGAUCCUGUCGGACCUGGACCUGACGUCACAGCGGGAGGGCCGGUGGAAGCGAGUCAACACCCUCAUGCACUAUAAUGUCCGGGACGGAGCCACCCUCAUCCUGUCCAAGGUGGGGGUCUCCCAGCAGCCAGAGGACAGCCAGCAGGACCUGCCUGGGGAGCGCCAUGCCCUGCUGGAGGAGGAGAACCGGGUGUGGCACCUGGUUCGGCCGGCCGAAGAGGUGGACGAGGGCAAAUCCAAGCGGGGCAGCGUGAAGGAGAAGGAGCGGACUAAAGCCAUUACUGAGAUCUACCUGACAAGGCUGCUCUCCGUCAAGGGCACGCUGCAGCAGUUUGUGGACAACUUCUUUCACAGCGUGCUGGCCCCUGGGCACGCCGUGCCGCCCGCGGUCAAGUACUUCUUCGACUUCCUGGACGAGCAGGCGGACAAGCACAGCAUCCAGGACGAGGACACCAUCCACAUCUGGAAGACCAACAGUUUACCGCUCCGGUUCUGGGUGAACAUCCUCAAGAACCCCCACUUCAUCUUUGAUGUGCACGUCCACGAGGUGGUGGAUGCCUCGCUGUCAGUCAUUGCACAGACCUUCAUGGACGCCUGCACACGCACGGAGCACAAGCUGAGCCGCGACUCUCCCAGCAACAAGCUGCUAUAUGCCAAGGAGAUCUCUACCUACAAGAAGAUGGUGGAGGAUUACUACAAGGGUAUCCGGCAGAUGGUGCAGGUCAGUGACCAGGACAUGAACACACACCUGGCAGAGAUUUCCCGGGCACACACAGACUCCCUGAACACCCUCGUGGCACUGCACCAGCUCUACCAGUACACACAGAAGUACUAUGAUGAGAUCAUCAAUGCCUUGGAGGAGGACCCUGCCGCCCAGAAGAUGCAGCUGGCCUUCCGCCUGCAGCAGAUUGCGGCUGCACUGGAGAACAAGGUCACUGACCUCUGACCUCAGAUCUCCAGUGCUGCCUUGGGGCCCAGGAACAAGAGAUACCUGAGCGCCCCUUGGGGAGAAGGCCAAGUGGCUGUGGUGAAGGCCCCAUCCUCCCCUAGAGAACUCGCCCCUUGUCAGAGUGGGUGCAGCGGGGACCCAGCCAGCGCCUAGACUGUAGCAUCUUCCUCCGAGCGAUACCACCGGCGCCACACCAGCCCGUCCCAGCCCCAGCUCCCGCCGGCGGAACCAGCAUCGGUGUUCACUGUGCAGUCUCGAGCGAUUUGCAAAUGUGCCUUACGCUGCCACGCUGGGGGCAGCAGGCCUCCGCCUCCACCCAUGCACCAGCAGCCGCCUCCAUGCCCUGGGUUCGGCCCCUGGGGAAUCUGAGGACCUGUGGCCCCCAGGGCAAGUUCCCAGACACUGUCUGUCUGUCCACAAUGGGAUGGGGGGAGGAGAAAAAGCGGUACGAUGCCUUCCUGACCUCACCAGCCUCCCUGAGGGCGCCUGCACUCUGGGUGGACUCACAGCUGCUGGGCUCCACCUCACAGGUCAAGUGGGAUGUCCUACGUCAGGGCCCAGGCAUCCUGGGGUCCUGGUCUGUCAGACAGACUGCCCUAGGGCCCCACCUGAUCUGGGGGCACUGGGAGCAGCUCCACCAAGACCACCCCACCCCUUUUUGUAAAUCUUGUUCAUUGUAAAUCAAAUACAGGCGUCUUUUUCACUCUG